UGCGAAAGGGCACUAGUAACUUCCUCAAUUUGCUUCUGUUUCCUCCCGAUGGGGCAUAAGUAGGAAGAGCCUGCGGCUCACUGCUGCUUGGAGGCUCCUGAAGCACAGAGCUGCAGAGGAUGCAUGCAAUCUAGGAGUGAAGAAUCACAAGACCUGUAACAUGAGUGGGGCCCAACCCCCAGCCAAGCACCAGUCCAGAAGCCGGGGACAAUGAGGACACCACCCUGCCCAUAACUUCCUGGGCAGCCACCUAAAGUGCCACAAAUGGACCAGCAAACUGUGCUUACCUGGGGGCUGCGUUACAUGGCCCUGCUGGCUCUCUGCUGGAGACACGGGGUGACAGAGGCAGAAGAAACUGUCCCUCUGAAGACUCUGCAGUGCUACAAUGACUACACCAACCACAUCAUCUGCAGCUGGGCCGACACAGAGGAUGCCCAGGGGCUCAUCAACCUGACCCUCUAUCACCAGCUCGAGAAGAAGCAGCCAGUGUCCUGUGACCUCAGUGAGCACCUCAUGUGGUCUGAGUGCCCGACGUCCCACCGCUGUGUGCCCAGGAGAUGUGUCAUCCCCUAUACUCGGUUCUUCAUCACAAAUGAAGACUACUACUCCUUCCGUCCAGAUCGUGAUCUGGGUAUACAGCUCAUGGUUCCACUGACCCAGCAUGUGCAGCCACCGCCUCCCAAGAACAUCAGCAUCAGCCCCUUGGGGGAUCAUUUCCUGCUGGAGUGGAAUGUGUCCCACGGGGAUGCCCAGGUCUCCUGGCUUACACAAAAGGACAUACAGUUCGAGGUGGCUUAUAAGCGGAUUGAGGACUCCUGGGAGGAUGCCUCCAGCCUCCACACUAGCAACUUUCGGGUCACUCUCGAGCCAAAGCUACUCCUACCCAACAGUAUCUAUGCGGCCCGUGUGCGCACUCAGCUCACCCCAGGUUCAAGCCUGUCUGGAAGACCCAGCAGAUGGAGCCCAGAGGUACACUGGAACUCCCAGUCAGGGGACAAGGCCCAGCCACAGAACCUGCAAUGCUUCUUUGAUGGGAUCCAGUCCCUCAACUGCUCCUGGGAGGUGUGGACCCAGGUGACCAGCUCUGUUUCCUUUGGCCUCUUCUAUCGCCCCAGCCCUGCAGAUCCGGAGGAGAAAUGCUCUCCGGUGGUGAAGGAGCUGCAGUCCGGACUCUAUACCCGCUACCACUGCAGUCUAACGGUGUCUAACUCCAGUGCACACAACCAGUACUCAGUCUCUGUUAGACACCUGGAACAAGGGAAGACCAUCAAGAGCUAUAACCACAUCCAGAUGAAGCCUCCAACCCUCAACCUGACCAAGAACAGAGACAGCUACAGCCUGCAUUGGGAAACUCAGAAAAUGUCGUACUCAUUCAUUGAACAUACAUUCCAGGUUCAGUACAAGAAGAAAUCGGACAGCUGGGAGGACAGCAAGACAGAGAACCUAGAUCGUGCCCAUAGCAUGGACCUGCCACAGCUGGUGCCUGACACCACAUACUGCGCCAGGGUGAGGGUCAGGCCCAUCCGUGACUACUAUGGGCGCUGGAGCGAGUGGAGUAAUGAGUACACUUGGACGACUGACUGGGUGAUGCCCACGCUGUGGAUGGUCCUCAUCCUGGUCUUCCUCAUCCUCACCCUGCUGCUGGCCCUCCGCUUUGGCUGUGUCCUUGGGUGCAGGCUGUACAGGAAGUGGAAGGAGAAAAUCCCCAGCCCCAGCAAGAGCCUCCUGUUCCAGGACGGAGGCAAAGGACUCUGGACUCUUGGCAGCAAGGCAGCCUUCAUCACUAAGAAUCCCAUUCCCCAGGGGCCAGAGAGCAACCUUUUCGCUGAGCAGCUGGGGGUGUCAUAUAGACACUUGGAGGACAAUGAAGUGUCACCUCUCACCAUAGAGGACCCUAACAUGGCUCGAGAUCCACCAUCUGGGCCUGAUACAACCCCAGACGCCUCAUCUGAACCUACAGAGCAGCCUUCCGAUGUUCAAAUAGACCCACCAACUCCUGGCAGACCUAAGAAGAAAACACCCAGCUUUGACUUCAACGGCCCCUACCUCGGGCCUCCCCAGUCCCACUCCCUGCCUGAUCUCCCAGCCCAGCUGGUUUCCCCCCAGGUUGGUGAGAACCUGAAGCCGGCAUUGCCAGGCUCCCUGGAGUACAUGUGUCUGCCCCCUGGAGGACAAGUACACCUGGUCCCAUUGUCCCAGGUGAUGGGACAGGGCCAGGCUGUGGAUGCGCAGUGUGGGUCCAGCCUGGAAACCACAGAGAGCCCUUCCGUGAAACCAAAGGAGAUCCCUGCAGUUGAGCUGGGGGUGGAGGAACAGGAGCCGAGGGACAGCCCAGUGACUCUGCCCAUGAGCUCUGGGGGCCCAGAGGACAGUAUGAUGGCCUCUGAUUAUGUCACUCCUGCAGAUCUGGUACUCACUCUGCCCACAGGGCCCCUGUCAACGUCUCUGGGCCCCUCUCUAGGGCUCUCCUCAGCCCAAAGCCCCGGUGUCUGUCUUAAGCUACCCAGGGUCCCCUCUGGAAGGCCAGCUCUUGGGUCACCAGUGUUUGACGACUAUGUGGAGCUGCCUCCAAGCAUGAGCCAGGCUGCCAAGUCCCCUCCAGGUAAUCCUGCUCCUCCUGUGACAAGCAGCCCUGCAGUGAGCCCAGGAGAGCCCAGGGAGGAGGUAGGCCCAGCAUCCCCACACCCCGAAGGCCUCCUUGUUCUUCAGCAGGUUGGGGACUACUGCUUCCUCCCCGGCCUAGGACCUGGCCCCCUCUUACCACACAGUAAGCCACCCUCUCCAGGUCCGUGUUCUGAGAUUGAGGACCUAGAUCAGGACUUGUCUGUCAAAAAGCUGCCCUACCAACCCAUGCCCCAGGUGCCAGCCAUUCAGUUUUUCAAGUCCCUAAAGCAUCAGGACUACCUGUCACUGCCCCCUUGGGACAAUAGCCAGCCUGGGAAGGUGUGCUGAGGCUCCCUCCUCCCGAUCUCACCAGCAGCCCUGCACCUCAGCCUCAGCAUCACCACAGAACCCUCACUGAGAUGCACACUCUUCCUUGCUCUCAGCCCUGACACAGCAGUUACCCCACCUGUGCUCUCCUCCUCUGCCUCUCUCCCCCUUCCCCUCCUUCCAUGCCCCCUCCCCCAUCUCUCUCUCCAGUUUCCUGCCUUCUAUAGGAUCUUCCUUCCUUUUCCUCUGACUUGUUGAGGGGAUGAGGCCUCUGAGGAUGAGCCCGCGGUGGUCUGUUUAGGGUUUAAGAACUGCUGAGGUCAGCUUGUCCACCUCAGGCACCAAUAACAUAGGACUUUUCUGGCUCUGUGUAAAAGGUGGCAGGCUCAGGUGAGACCCUUGGGAGGUCAGACUGUGAGAUUGGGCAGGCUCAUGUGGUUACAAGAAUGGACAUGGUCAUCCAUGGUUGUCUGAUGUUCCUGGGGGACCUUGUAGAGGGCACUGGGGACCCUCAUUAUGUAUAAAUGUCACUGAUGUGGACAAAGCUGGACACAGCCAUGGUCAGACUGGAGGGACGAGGAGCAAUGGGGAGGCUGGGAGUCUCGAACUCAUGGUGUCAACUGCAGACAGGCUAAGUUGUGGAUCCAGGACCAGAGACUUAGUCUAGACAGCUCGGCCAUUCUCCCUCCAGAAUGCCUGGAUACCUGCACUCCCACUGGCCUCAGACGAGGGUCUGCUGUAGGGCUGUGGCCCUGGGCAAUCACUACCUUCUUGACAAUCCAGGCACAAUGGCAUUACCUCCUUCUGUUCUCACUGGUUUGAUCAUGGUCAAGUCUGUUCUUGGCCUUUGUCUGUAUCUUGAGUGUCUGCUAUUUGGGGCGGGGGAGGGCUGGGAGCUGAGCCCAUGAUCAGUUUCAUCUCUCAGAGUGUCAUUUUUGGAUGAGACUGAAAAGCUCUUUCCACAUGGCCUUUGUGGUGCACAUAUUUCUCCCCUGAAUGUGAUAAUUUUGUGCAUGAGGCACAAUGGCUCCCUCAGCAAUUAUGUGACUAUAUUGCUGUGAGAUGGGUCCCCUGGCCACACCCCUCCCUGGGGCCAUAUUUGCAUCUACCUUUGCUGCAAAUGUACAUGUGCUGUCAGUUAUAUUCUUUCCGGUUCCUUCUGUAGCUAAGCCUUAAACAGGAGGCUUUAACUUUCCUAGAACACAUGCACGUUCCACAGAGAUGUCUGUAUAUGUUCCUUCAACCUGGAGCCCAGGGACAUUGUAUCAUGUCUUCACCUCCUAUUUUCACUCUGUCAGGCUCUCCAUGACCCAGCAAGCCAUGAGCUGGAUCUGGUCUUCCCCUUCUCCUGGCCUCCCUCACUCCAUGGCAGCCUCAGCUCUCCAUAUUUGAUUUCAGCCCAAAGCAGGCAGAUCAAGUGUUCCUUGAUCAUCUCUGUUCAUUGCAGCAAAGAAAACCACAAACAUCUCGACUGUGGUUCAGUGGCAUUGUUCAACACAAGCCUGUCAAUACUUUCCAAAGUGACCACUCUAGAGAAACAAACAGGAGCGGCCUCUGGAUUAAGAGAGGAACUCCAAAAUGCCUUGCAUUAAGAUUGAACACUGUAAUAAAAUGUUUACCUACAAUAAAACUUAGAAAAACUAA